UUAAGAAGUUAUUAUGCUUGUUCACCUUCAGAGCUGCUACACAGCUGCGCACCUACGGAGUGUGAAAAACAAGUAUAUUAAGUUAACCCUAGUUAGUAAGUUUUAGUAAGUGUUUAAGCAGCGAGGUAAAUAUGACAAACACAGAAGGUUCUAAACUUGCCGUUGGAGAAGAAGGCAGUGGGACAAACGAGAAAAUUAAGCUGCAAAGUGAUGCAUUCUUUAACGAACUGGCAAAACGAGUUAGCCUGAAACAGGUCCUACCGUCUGAAGUAGGUGUUAUUCUCCAUCUCAGCGUUCUCAAGGAUAACCAGAUGGCGGCUAGAUGGACUUUAGAUCUGAAAAAUGGAAGUGUGUACAGAGGGCUGCCUAAAGAUGUAGUAGCUGAUUAUACCGUAACCAUAGAAGAUGAUGAUCUAGUUCGAAUCAUAACAGAAAAACUUGACGGAGAAAAGGCUUUCACGUCUGGGCAAAUUAAAAUCUCCGGUGACGUGCAAGCUAUACAAAGUCUCCAGGAAUUAUGGAAAAAUCAACAACUUGACACAAAAGGCUCAAAUAACAAUACAUCAUAUUCUGCCAAGCCUUUACUUGGCCUGAAAAGUGAGCUGGUAUUCAAUGUGAUUAAGACAGUUCUACAAAAAGAACACGGUAUUUCUGAUCAAAUGAAAGUAACAUUUCAUUGGAAAAUUACCAAGAAAGGAAAGAUUGCUAAAGAAUGGACACUGGAUUUGAAAAGUGGGCCGUUUGGCCAACUUUACGAUGGACCACCCAAAAAUGGACAAUAUGGUUGUCAGCUUAUGAUUGAUGACGACGACAUGAUUUCGUUGAUACAGGGAAAACUCAACGCACAAAGGGUGGAAUUCUUGGGUUGA